AUCCUUUGUACACCUGACCAAAUUCAACCGAAUUUCAGUGAACAUGAGUUGAAACUAUUUGAAGUUUUAAACCAGUUGGAAGUUGGCAAGCUAAAGUAGAAAAGGUGGCUGGUGACUGAGACCGGGGAUUGUUCCAUCCUUCCAAAGGACGAGUCUGCAAAAGAGGCUGAACAGAUUCCUGGACAUAUGGAAACUACAGGGAAAAUUAUAAAAUGUAAGGCUGCAGUCGCCUGGGAAAUAGGCAAGCCACUUUCUAUUGAAGAGAUAGAAGUUGCUCCACCAAAGUCUCAUGAAGUUCGCGUCAAGAUAAUAGCCACGGGAAUAUGUGGGACCGACGACCACGUUCUGUCAGGUUCUUUCCCCAAAGUCAAUUAUCCUGUUAUCCCAGGCCACGAAGGAGCUGGAAUUGUAGAGAGUGUUGGCGAAGGAGUGACUGGCCUAAAUCCAGGAGACAAAGUCAUCCCACUUUGUUUGCCUCAGUGCGGAGAAUGUAGCUCAUGUCUAAAAUCUAAUACCAAUUGUUGCCUGAAAACCCACCUCAAUGAACCUCAGAAUCUGAUGCCAGACAAAACUAGCCGGUUUACCUGCAAAGGAAAGCUAAUCCACCACUUCCUUUGGAUCAGCACUUUCUCCGAAUACACUGUCAUGCCUGACUCUACCGUAGUUAAAAUUGAUGCUGCUGCUCCAUUGGAUAAAGUCUGCCUCUUUGGCUGUGGGUUUUCCACCGGUUAUGGGGCUGCCCUCAAUACAGCUCAGGUCAUGCCUGGCUCCACUUGUGCCAUCUUUGGUUUGGGAGGAGUGGGUCUUUCUGUGGUCAUGGGCUGCAAAGCUGCUGGAGCUUCCCGGAUCAUUGGGAUUGACAUCAACAAAGACAAAUUUCUGAAAGCAAAAGAAUUGGGAGCCACAGAGUGUCUUAACCCGCAAGAUUACAAGAAGCCCAUUCAGGAGUUACUGGUUGAAAUGACUGGUCAUGGUGUCGACUAUGCAUUUGAGGUCGUUGGAUGUUUAGAUACAUUGACAGCUGCGCUGGCCUCUUGUCACCUGGGUUGUGGCGUCUGUGUGAUGGUUGGGGUGCCUCCUUUGGGCUCUCGACUCACCUUCGAUCCUAUGCUGCUUUUUACAGGACGUACAUUGAAAGGGUGUUUCAUUGGAGGGUGGAAGAUGAAAGAUUCUAUCCCUCAACUGGUAUCCAGUUACAUGGAGAAGAAAUUUAACUCAGAUGCUUUGAUAAGCCACACUUUGCCAUUCAGCCAAAUUAGUGAAGGGUUCAAUUUGCUUCACUCUGGAAAGAGUAUUCGUAUUGUCCUAGUGUUUUAAGCUCCUAACCUGAUGAAGCAAUUCUUCUGGCAACUUCUAAUCAAGAAUUAUUUUUUUAAGUUUAAACAGCUGCUUAAACAAAUUGGCUUCUCUGCUCCCCCUCUCAGUUGUUGUUGACAAAGUAGUAUAAAUCGUGGGUGGAAGGCUGGUUUUACUUAGUUUUAGAUAUUUAGAAUUUCCCAAGUCAUGCUCUUGGUUCAAGGCAGAAUUUUGAGUAAACCACAAGUGAAUAAACUAAAUCAAUGGAAAACUACAGGAAGCAUAUUCCAAUAAAGAAAGGUUUCAAAGCUUU